AUUUUUGUAUGGGGCUGCGAUGGCACCCGGUCGACCAACGCGAAGCACGACGGCCCGGGGCGAGAGCCUUCGUACAGCUGCCAAGGUGGCCACGCAGAAGCUGACCGCGCCCAAGACGGUCCGCGCUGCGCGCAUGCGUCGCGUCGUGUACGACGAGUCUGACGACGAGGAAGAGGACGAGCCAUCCGAGGAAGACGGGUCGGACGCCAACGAGGAUCUCGACGACGACGAGGAAGAGGACGAAGAAGAGGACGAGGACGACGACGAGGAGGAGGUCGCUGAUGCCAAGGCCGAGCCCGACGGAAAAGGGAAGCGAAAACGUCUGGCGAAAAAAGAAGAACAACCUGCCAAGCCGAGUCCGAUGAAAGCCAAGCCGCCGCCGCCGCCCAAGGAAGAGAAGACGCCGGAGAAGGACCCACCGCCGCCACCGCCGCCGACACCUCCGCAGGCGCCCGCCGAGCCCGACGACGCGCCCGAGCCGGACCACGACGGCGGCGACGACGACGCGGACGAGGACGACGACGAGGACCUCCGCGUGCUCCUCGAGACCGAGACGGACGAAGACCAGCUCUUGCAGCUCAUCAACGGGAGCCUCGGACAGCUCGCGCGGACGGGCGACGCGCCGGGCCGCGAGCUUUCGCUCGCUUUUCUCACGGCCGUCGGCGCGGCGCCGCUGAAAUUUCAGUCGCCCAACAUUCUCAAGGCGCUCAUGCGCAUGCUCCGGAGCAAGUUCCAGCGCGACCGAUCGGGCUCGCUCGAGAAGAAGCCGCCGACCAAGCCCAUUACGUCGCUAUCGACCAAGCCGACGACAAAGGAGCCGGUCAAGGCCAUCACUCUAGCUGUCCUCGUCGCCAACCUCUUGGCCAAGAUCCUGAGGGCGGCCAUGGCUGCGUCGCCAACGUUUGCGUGGCCCGACGACUGCGUCAAGGUCUUUGUCGACGAUUCGCUCAACUCGCGCGCGUGGGUCGACCACGAGCUCUGCGCGCCUUUUCUCGAGCUGCUCAAGGCCGAGAUGGCGGCCCAGCACCUCUCUAAAGAUGUGUCUAGCCUCAUCAUGGAGCACCUGCUCUCCAAGCUCAACGACAUCAAGAAGCAAGGACCGGGAAAUGCGCCGUCGACGAACCUCAAGCAGGUCAUGCUCACGCUCAUGGACCUCACGGUGCUGCCGCAAGGCCGUCUCGUCGCGUCGUCGAACCUCGACGUGUGGUUUGCCAACACGACGUACAAGAACUUGGCGCGGGAGCUCUUGCUCAAGUGCGCGCGGUCCUGCACAACGCUGGAACGACACGACAUGGAGACGGUCGAGAACCUCCUCAACAUGAAGUUCAAAUCGGUGUCGUUUCCGCAGCUCAAGACCGAAGUGUUUUCGACGCUCGUGCGGCAGCGCCCCGAGUACGUCGCGAUCGCGAUGAAGGUGGUCCUCGCAAAGGAGCGACUCGGCGCGACGGUCAAGGACGUCGACAACCUCAAGAUGAUGCCGCUUAUCUUUCGCGAGACGGCGCGCCCGAUUGAGCGCGACGAGGCCGACGAAGCGCGCAUGUUUCGACGACCCAAUGCGGCGCACGCAGGCACCGAGUCGAGUGCUGCGCUGGCCGCCGUCCUCCAAGAGAUGGCCGCGGUCCCGAGCAACCUCCCGACGCUCAAAAACACGCUGCGCAAGGUGUUCAAGAGCCUCAACCCUGACCAGCUCGACGUCCGGGCGUUCUGCGCCGGCCUCCUCACGCUGCCGCCGCACGGGUCCAUCGAAUUCUACACGGUCAUGGGCGACCUGGUCUCGCUCGUGCUCUUUUUACAAGGUACGACUGUCAAGAGCCUGCAAGUGUCGGUGCCCGACGCGUCCGCGUCGUCGAGCGUGCGCAUGGGUGGCCUUCUCUCCAAGAACGCGGCCGAGAAGCCGGCGCGGCGUCUCUUGAACGCCACCAACCCGCGCAAGAAGGAAGCGGCGGCGGCGGUGCCAGGGACGAGCCCGAGCGUCAUUACGCCGUCGCUCCGCGCCAAGGAAGAGCUGGCGCAGCUGAUUGCGGACGUCCAGCGCAUGGCCGUCAACUGGUGCCACGAGGUGUACCAGCAGCUCCAAGUGGACAUCAUGCGUCUCUUCUCUGCGGUCAUGCGCAAGAUCUUGUUUUUGGACGCGGCCCCCGACGGCAACGCCACGGAGCACGACCGCGCGUGCUACGCGUUCUGCAAGGACAUGCUGCCGCUGCACGAAGUCACGGUCGCGGGCAUGGUCGGGCUCUGCUUUUACGUCGCGCCGACCGACGCCCACGAGUUGCUCAAGGUGCUGGAUACGCUCGUGACGCGCGCCGCCGAGGGCCAUCUUGUGCGGGAGAGCUACUUUCAGGGCCCGACGGCGCACCAGCUGCACGACUAUGUGGCGGCCGGCGGUCUCCUCGGGCUCCAGAUCUCGCGCACGGACUUUGUCGUGCACUUGUACGAAGCGGGUGUGGUGCGCGGCCACACGUACGAAGGCAAGGCGGUCAGCUACGCGGAGCUCUACUGGCUCAGCUGCGCGAUUUUGCUCGUCCUCGGCGUCUUCUCGCCGUCAACGAUCGGCGCCGAAAUCUGGUCGGCUGUCCCGACCAUGCGCUGCCUCAUGCAAAUGGCAAUCACGGGCCGGUUCCGCUUCCCGCCCGUCGAGCCCGAAGACCCCAAGCUCUUUGGCCCGGAGGCCAUCGGGCACGGCAACCUCGUUGCGAUCAACCAAGCGUAUACCGAGUGGGAGCUGCCGUUUUUGCAGAGCCAGCAGCUUUUGACAGACGGCACGCUGCUCGUGUCGAUGCCGCCAGAUGCCAUGGCGCGGAGCCCGCCGGCCGACACUUUGCGCAAGGUGGAGGCACUCGACAAGGCGCUCCGGCUCGGCGUCCGGCUUCGACAAAGCCGCGACUCGGACUUUCUCAUGAACAUGGUCGACGUGACGGUGGCUGGCGGCGCGGCGAGCUGGUCCGAAGCGCCCGAGCAGAUCUGGUGGAUCGUCGAGAUCGUCUGUGACGAGCAGGAGACGCUGACCUAUUUGCCCCGCAAGUGCCUUUGCGAACUGCUUCUUCUCGCGUACGUCGACGUCCGAUCGAUCCCCGAAGCCGCCAAGUUUGCACACGCAUCGCUGCUGUCGCACCAAGUGCCCCGCUUGCUGGCGCGUCUCAAGGAUGCCAUGGCAGGGACGACGGACGAAGCCAUUGACGUGCUCUCGUUCUUUUUGGACCGCCUCGUGUCGGCCAACAUGGAUACGCGCCGCAUUUCGUCGCACGUGCUCGGGCUCCUCACGACCGACGGCGACGCGAGCGCGCUCAUCAGCCACCACUCGAUCCAAUUUGAUUGGCUCGCGGCCUUGACGCGGCUGCCGUCGUUUCCGGCACUGCAUGCGCGCGUCCUCUCGUCGCUCGAGAACGUUUUGGCGCACGAGUCAUCGAUCGACGGCCUCAAGCGCUGUCUCACGGCGCUCUACGAUCUCUUUGCGACGAAAGACGUGGCGCUCCAGCUCGCCGAGGCGGUCGGCCGGCUCCUUUGCCAGCGCACGUCGGUGGCCCGGCUCUUGCUCCAAGACGCGACAAUGCUGACGCGCGUCGUCGAGACGCUCUCGGCCGCUGUCCGCGUCGCUUCGAAAACGACCGAAAUCCCAACCGAGUGGGUCGCGUUCCCGACGCAGACGGGGGCGACGUUGGCGCUGCCGUCAACAAUCGUGUCGGGCGUCGUCGAGGUGCUCAGCAGUCCCCUUGCGUUCCCGACAAGCCUCCACGACGACUACAUGACGCUCAUCGAAGCCUUCUUCCCCGCCGACGCCAACGCCGGCUUGCUCUCGCCAAGCCAAACGACGUAUGUGUGCUCGGCCGACCACCUUGCGCGCCUCGCGUGUGUGAACAAUGACCGGCUCAUGCAAGCGGCGAUUCGAACCAUGUCUUUGCAUUCGCUCUGGCACCUCUUCCUCUCGUACGGGCGGUCGCCGCGCUCGAUGGGACUGCAGCUCGACGUGCUCGCGGCGCACUUGAGUCGCGACAAGAGUGCGUGCACGAAUGCUCUUUUGCAGUGCACGUGCCGCCAAACGCUCUCGGACGCCGCCGCCGACGCGCUGGACCAUCUGGAUAUGUACGUGCGCGAGCCGUCGUACGCGGACGUGGCGGCCAGUGACGCGUGCCAAGUGCUCCGACGCUGGCUUUGCGACGUUGUAAAUGCCGUCGAGUCUGCGCCGACGCCACCCGCGGUGGUGCCGUGUCGCCGAACGCCGCCACCUGCGAUGCUUGCACCAACGCCGUCGCUGGAGGACCUCUUUGCGUCCAUGGCCGUCGCGCCCCGCCGCCGUGCGCCGCGCCGUGCCGCGCUACCGACGAUCGAAACCAACGAUGUGGUGUGCGCCUGGAUCGCGGCCGGGACGCAUGCCAACGAGAUUGUCGAGUGGGCGACGAUGCUGGUGUCGACCAACUCGACGCUUGUGUCGGCGCUCGGACGUGCGCUCGCCGCGAGCCAGAACGUGUCGCUGAUCCGCACGGUGCUCGCUACCAUCCCCACCGCGAGCAGCCGUCUUUUGGCGACGCUCCUCGACGCACAGUGGACAAGUGCGCCACUUGUAGCAGUCCUUCUCGACCACGUCUGCGCCAACGUGACGCACAUUGAUGCCGACGCCAUGCUCGAGCCGCUCUUGCAUCUCGUGCUGAGCGAGCAAGCGCUGGUCUACCGCACCCACGUGUCGCCGGCGCGCUUGGCGCUCGUCGCGCACUUGGCGUUUCUGGACCAUUGCAGCAUCGUGCUUGUGCUGCAGCGGCUCAUGGACGUGUGGUUUGAUGCAUCGGCGCAGCCUAUCGCCCAAGCCUUUCUCUUGGACUUGUACAGCCGCGAGCCGCACACGGUGGCGAUGCACUUGGACACGUGCUUUCCCGACUGGCCGCACGCGUUGGCCAACGUGUCUUACCUGAAAAUGAUCGGCGCGGGUGCGAUCCUCGAGGCGAAGCUCGACGCGGCGCUAUCGAGCCCCGCAACAAAGAAACGCGGUCGGUGCUUCGCCGCACCGCGCUCUUGCACCCAUUGCUCGCCGUCGUCAAAGUCACAACCGUCGUCGCGACGCUCCACGGGCAGCCAUGGCACCUCCUGCACGAGCGAUGGCACGUGCUUGAAAACGUGCUCUUGCUCGUUGACGUGACCAAAGACUUGGUGUUGGAGCGACGUGCGCUGCUGACACAGCUCGUGCAGACCAUGCUGUACGUCAUGGGCGCUGUCAACAAGCACGACGACCGCGGCGGCGCGCACCCCAUUGUCGCCCGCAUGCUGCAAACCAUGCAGCACCUCGUGUGCGCGCAGCCGAAUGUCAUGGCCGCGUACCUCGUAUCGGUCCCGUACCGCGCCCUAUGGAAAUCUGUCGUCGCCUCGGCCGAGUUUCCGUUUCUCUCCGUGUGCGUCGAGUCGGGCCAGUGCUCCGAUGCGAUGGUCCCGCAGCCGGCUCCCCUCGUGCUGCCGCGCGACAUGCCGAUCCGCGACGUCGAGCAGACACUCGAAGAGGUCCAGGCGUCGUUCGAGUCGACGUUUGCAAGCAGCGCGCGAUCGUCGGCGCUGCCCGCGCUCGUCCAGUACGCACUCGCACAACCCGCGAGCUUGAGCAAGAAGGCGGUGGGGCACCUUUGCCAAUGCCUGUUGUUGGCCAUGCACGCCGAUGCCGGCUGCGCGCCGGCGGCGACCGAGGCGUAUCUCGCGUGUCUCUCGUCGGCGAAAGUCGGCCUCCGCGAAGCUGCAAUGGUGUCGCUCUGCGACAUGCUCGUGUACUGCUCGCGGGCUCGCGCCCACGCGAUUCUGUCGCACCUUUUCCUUGACGACAGCGACCUCGCGAAAGCCAGCGUCGCCCAAGUGUUCAAAACCGCUUGUACAAGCCAUAAGACCACGAACGAACUUG